AUGACAGUCAAGACCAGCAGCAGCCACGACCAACCUGCAAUGACCCCCUCCGGCUCAGACCAGCCGAACAACUGUUCUUCAAAAAUAUUCAAAAAUAAUAAACUCACUCACAUCUCAAUCGACUCCAACAAACCCUCGAGGGGAAGAGGACUAUUCCUAAAGAAGCAGCUCAACUCAAAAAUCAGACCAGGCACCACCCUACUCAAUUUAACCCCUCAUGUCGCCGUGCUCGAUACCUCUUGCCUAUCUUCAAGAUGUUCUUGCUGCUUCUUGGAGAAGCAAGACUUCGAACUCGACUACCCAUCCGCUCCAUCUAAUCGGACGAUACGAAGGUGUGGAAAAUGCAAGGUCAUAGCCUACUGCGGUUCGAACUGCCAACAGCUGGAUUGGGCAUCACACAAACCCGAAUGCACGGCCUUGGUAAACUACGCGAAACUAGCAGAAGACGCCACCAAGGCCAAUCAAAAAUCCAAGUCGACGAGUAGCACGACGGGCAUCGGUCUGAAAGAUUCGUUCGGACUUGGAGGAGAUGAACCCGAGAACGAUCCCCAGACGAUCUCACGCAUCCCGAGCGCGACCGUACGAGCCUUGGGAAGACUGAUCUGGAAGAAACGAAAAGAAGAAAAACUCAACCCCGACUGGUGGACAGGAUUGAGCGAGCUUCAACACCACUUGAAUGAAUAUAACUCAACUCAAAAAGAAUCGCUCAUGCAACUCAGUGUCACUCUCAGCCGAUACGUAGGGAAUCCGGAAUUGCUAGCAGUGUUUGACUCCGCUUCAGCUCUACUGCCAUUAUGUUCACGGUUCAUCGAUAACUCUUUCACGCUCACUUCGAUUAUUCUCGAUCAGAUCGGCGUCGUCUUCGUUCCCUCGGCCGCCUUCAUCAAUCAUUCCUGCACCCCGAACGCAGUCGUUGUCUUUCCUGAGGGAGGAGAAGGAGCUGGUAGCACGGCUGGGAAAGAAUGGGUCAAAGUGAUCGCGAUCAAGCCCAUCGAACCUGGAGAAGAGAUUCUUACCUCUUACAUCGACUCUGCCGGAACCCGACAAGAACGUCGGAAUGAACUCGUGAAACGCUACAAGUUCGUCUGCGACUGUCAGGCCUGUCAAUCUGAAUCCAACGAUCAGCAAGUCGAUCCACGGGAAGCGCUCAAAUGUCCCAAAUGCACCAAUUGGUUUUCCAUCGGCCCAAAAAGGCCAAACGCGCCAGAUUCCUGUAAUAUAUCUUCCCCAGCUUUCGAGAUGUCCUCACCCGGUGGUAGUCGUCCAGAUGCCGGUCCAUCUUCUUCUAAACGGGCUGUCAGAAAGGAAAUCGCCUGUCCACAUUGUGGAUUCUCUAGGUUGAUUGACGUGGAGGGACAGCGGUCAGCUAUUAAAAAAUCAGGCAAAGCGUUAGAUCCUGCCAAGGAGCCAGCCAAAGCGGCUUAUUAUGCUGAAAAGGCUAUGGAAUGGUUCCAAAGCAAACUGUCGCCGUUCACAUUUGGACCCGGAUUUUACCCGAUUCUAGAUCUCCGGCGGAUGCGGAUGGCGAGCUAUCUGAUGCGAUCCCAGAAGAGCAACCUCAGCCAAGCGACGAGCGAUGUGCAGCAGAUCUUGACCGGCGUGCACGAGGUUUACGGGGUAGGACAUCCGAGUAGUGUGGUGACGCGAUCGGUGAUCGCACAGGUGUAUGGCUACAUGUGCGCGUCGACUGUCGACGCCGAGACCAAGCCCACCAAUGCCCGCCAGAUCAAACUCGAACUGCAGCUCUUUGAAAACUUGAGGGCAAAUCAGGCCGCCGCCUUGGACGAGGCACGCAUCGGCUUCGGUGCUGUCCAUGGUGGCGGGAGACUCGGGCGGUCUAUCGCUCGCUCUAUCGAGCUCACCGAACGCGAAAUCAUCGCCCUCCGAAGCCUCCUACAAUCCUCCGCCACGUAA